AUGUGGGAGCUGCGGUCCAUAGCCUUCUCCCGGGCCGUGUUCGCAGAGUUCCUGGCCACUCUCCUCUUCGUCUUCUUCGGCCUGGGCUCGGCCCUCAACUGGCCGCAGGCCCUGCCCUCGGGGCUGCAGAUCGCCAUGGCCUUCGGCUUGGCCAUCGGCACCCUGGUGCAGGCGCUGGGCCACGUCAGCGGGGCCCACAUCAACCCCGCGGUGACCGUGGCCUGCCUGGUGGGCUGCCACGUCUCCUUCCUCCGGGCGGCCUUCUACGUGGCCGCCCAGCUGCUGGGGGCCGUGGCAGGAGCCGCUCUGCUGCACGAGAUCACACCCGAAGACAUCCGGGGGGACCUGGCCAUCAACGCGCUCAGCAACAACACGACAGGAGGCCAGGCCGUCACGGUGGAGCUCUUCCUGACCCUGCAGCUGGUGCUCUGCAUCUUUGCCUCCACCGACGAGCGCCGGAGCGACAACCUGGGCACCCCUGCCCUGUCCAUCGGCUUCUCCGUGGCCCUGGGCCACCUCCUCGGGAUCCACUACACCGGCUGCUCCAUGAAUCCCGCCCGCUCCCUGGCUCCAGCUGUUGUCACCGGCAAAUUUGAUGACCACUGGGUCUUCUGGAUCGGACCGCUGGUCGGCGCCAUCCUGGGCUCCCUCCUCUACAACUACGUGCUGUUCCCGUCCUCCAAGAGCCUGGCGGAGCGCCUGGCCGUGCUGAAGGGGCUGGAGCCCGACACCGACUGGGAGGAGCGCGAGGUGCGGCGGCGCCAGUCGGUGGAGCUGCACUCGCCGCAGAGCCUCCCGCGCGGCAGCAAGGCCUAG